UGACCACGUGACUCUCUCGCUCAUUUUUUUUAUUCCCCCCCCCCAUUGCCUGCAGCUCAAUUAGUCAGACCGCCGCGUGGUGUCGAAUCUUUGUGGGCUUCAGUUGACAAGUCACACACAAGGAGCACGGAGCUGACUCAUCACCAUUUCUUCCCUCUUCCCCUGCCAACAUGUCCACUUUGGAGCGCCUUUGCGGCUUUUGUUUCUCCUGAUAACUCCUCUCCCCACCUCCCCGUCGCUGUUGGAUUAAAUUUAAAAAAAAAAAAAAAAGAGAGAGAGAGAGAAAGAGAGAGAGAGCAUUGCAACAUCGGACCCGAGAGUUCUCCUCCUCAGACUGAUUGCAACGGUUGUCGCGAAGUGCCAGCCGCUUUUGUUCGUUCGGCGAGGAAACGUCGCAAAGAGCUCUGCAGCUGUUGCAAGAAGAAACUCGCGGAUUCCCGGCACAGCAGAGUCGCCGGAGCGCUCGACUUGCAGGCUCUCAGUCAGACGAGCAGAAGAACCAUGUCCUCGUCCAGAUUCAAGAAGGAUAAGGAGAUCAUUGCGGACUACGAGACCCAAGUGAAAGAAAUCCGUAACCAGUUGGUGGAGCAGUUCAAGUGCUUGGAGCAACAGUCGGAAUCUCGCAUCCAGUUGCUGCAGGACCUCCAGGAUUUUUUCCGUCGCAAGGCUGAGAUUGAACUGGAAUACUCCCGCAGUUUAGACAAACUCUCCGAGAGGUUUUCCUCCAAGAUCCGUAGCUCCAGGGAACACCAGCAGUUCAAGAAAGACCAGCACCUGCUAUCGUCUGUGAACUGCUGGUACCUGGUGCUGAACCAGACCAGACGGGAAAGUCGCGACCACGCCACCCUGAGUGACAUCUACACCAACAAUGUCAUUCUGCGCCUGGCCCAGAUCAGCGAGGACGUCAUCCGCCUCUUCAAGAAGAGCAAGGACAUCGGGAUCCAGAUGCACGAGGAGCUGGUGAAGGUGACCAAUGAACUCUACACUGUAAUGAAGACGUACCACAUGUACCACACGGAGAGCAUCAGCGCCGAAAGCAAGCUGAAGGACGCAGAGAAACAGGAGGAGAAGCAGUUCAGCAAGUCGGGAGAUCUCAACGUGAACCUCCUGCGGCACGAAGACCGCCAGUCCCGACGCAGCUCUGUGCGGAAGAUCGAGAAGAUGAAAGAGAAGAGGCAAGCCAAGUACUCAGAGAAUAAGCUGAAAUGCACCAAAGCGCGCAAUGACUAUUUGUUGAACCUGGCUGCAACGAACGCUGUGGUGGCCAAAUAUUACAUCCAUGAUGUCGCUGAUAUGAUAGACUGCUGCGACCUGGGAUACCACGCUAGCUUGGCGCGGACCUUUAGGACCUACUUGUCCGCAGAGUACAACCUGGAGACGUCUCGCCACGAGGGACUCGAUGUCAUUGAGAACGCGGUGGACAACCUGGACUCUCGCAGCGACAAACACAAGCUCAUGGAUAUGCAUAACCAGGUGUUCUGCCCUCCUAUGCGCUUCGAGUACCUGCCUCACAUGGGAGAUGAGGUGUGCCAGGUGAGUGCCCAGCAGCCCGUCCAGACUGAGCUCUUGAUGCGCUACCACCAACUACAGUCUCGCUUGGCUACACUGAAGAUUGAGAAUGAGGAGGUGCGAAAGACCUUGGACGCCACAAUGCAAACUCUGCAGGACAUGCUGACAGUGGAGGAUUUCGAUGUGUCAGAUGCCUUCCAACAUAGCCGCUCCACUGAAUCCAUCAAGUCCCUGGCCUCCGAGUCCUACAUGAGCAAGAUGAAUGUUGCAAAAAGGAGGGCCAACCAACAGGAGACUGAAAUGUUCUACCUCUCAAAAUUCAAGGAGUACCUGAAUGGCAGCAACCUCAUCAUUAAGCUGCAGGCCAAGCAUGACUUGCUGAAGCAGACCCUUGGUGAAGGGGAAAGAGCUGAAUGCGGAACCACAAGGCCCCCCACCCUUCCCCCUAAACCCCAGAAAAUGCGGAAGCCUAGACCGCGCUCCGUCUAUAACCAUAAGCUGUUUAAUGGCAAUUUGGAGACCUUCGUCAAGGAUUCAGGUCAACCAAUUCCACUUGUGGUCGAGAGCUGUGUCAGAUACAUCAACCUCUACGGCCUGCAGCAGCAAGGCAUAUUCCGAGUACCUGGAUCACAGGUGGAAGUCAAUGAUAUUAAAAAUUCAUUUGAAAGAGGAGAAGAUCCCUUAAUAGAUGACCACAAUGAGCAUGACAUCAACUCAGUGGCAGGAGUGCUUAAACUGUAUUUCCGAGGACUCGAGAACUCCCUCUUCCCAAAGGAGCGUUUCCUGGACUUCAUCUCGACCAUCAAGCUGGAGUCGGGAGCGGAGAGAGCGCAUCACAUCCAGCAGAUUGUUGUGACGCUGCCUCGAACCAUCAUCAUUGUCAUGAGAUACCUUUUUGCUUUUCUCAAUCAUCUCUCCCAGUAUAGUGACGAAAACAUGAUGGAUCCAUACAACUUGGCCAUCUGCUUUGGUCCCACGCUGAUGCCCAUUCCCGACAGCCAGGACCCCGUGUCAUGCCAGGCGCAUGUGAACGAGGUCAUCAAGACUAUCAUUAUCCACAAUGAAGUCAUCUUUCCCAGUUUACGUGAAAUGGACGGCCCAGUCUAUGAAAAGUGCAUGACUGGGGGCGAGGAAUACUGUGACAGCCCUCACAGUGAGCCAGGAACUCUUGAUGAAGCGGACAAUGGAACUGAACCACACACAAGUGAUGAAGAGGCUGAACAAAUCGAGGCCAUCGCUAAAUUCGAUUAUGUGGGCCGUAGCCCGAGAGAACUUUCCUUCAAGAAGGGAGCGUCUCUGCUUCUCUAUCACCGGGCUUCUGAGGACUGGUGGGAGGGCCGACACAAUGGUGUGGAUGGGCUGAUCCCUCAUCAGUACAUUGUGGUGCAAGACAUGGACGAUGCCUUCUCAGAUAACCUCAGUCAGAAAGCAGAUAGUGAAGCCAGCAGUGGGCCACUACUGGUUGAAAAAAGUUCAUCCAAAAAUGACGGUCCCUCACCAUGUGAACAAUCACCCGAUUACAGCGUCGGAGGCGUCACUGGCAGGAUCCGACUGCGUUCCGACGGAGCAGCAAUUCCACGUCAUCUCUGUGGCACAGACACUCAGAGUCCAACCAGAGUCCCUGACACGCCUCUGCGGGCCGCCGCCUGUCCCAGCAGCCCCCACAAGAUAUCCGUCGACAAGGCGCGUAUGGAAAGCCCAGAAAAAAGGCGAGUGGGAACCUUUGGUAGUGCAGGAAGUAUUAACUACCCAGAAAGGAAGGCUUAUCCUGAGGGCCAUCCACUGAGGCCCAUGUCAGGGGCCACUCGUCACAGCAGCCUUGGGGACCACAAAUCACUGGAAGCUGAGGCUCUGGCUGAGGACAUAGAGAAGACCAUGACCACAGCACUCCAUGAGCUUCGUGAGCUGGAGCGACAGAACUCCGCCAAGCAGGCUCCCGAUGUGGUGCUGGACACGCUUGAGCCCCUGAAGAACCCCGUUAGCUCCGAGCCCGGCAGCCCCUUGCACACCAUCAUGAUCCGCGACCCAGAUGCAGCCAUGCGCCGGAGCAACAGUUCCACCUCUGAGAUGAUGACCACCUUUAAGCCGGCGCUCUCGGCCCGGCUCGCUGCUGGCCCUCAACUGCGCCCACCGCCCAUGAGGCCGGUGCGACCCCCUCCCACCCAGCACCGUUCAAGCAGCUCCAGUUCCUCUGGGGUGGGCAGCCCAGCUGUAACGCCCACCGAUAAAAUGUUUCCCAGUACCAACACAGCGGCCGGGUCUGGAGUGAAUGUGUCCACUGAUGGUGCUGAUAAAUCUGGCACCAUGUAGCAAAGGUCACAUUAGAGGGCUGGUAAUGGGACUGCAACUCAUGAUUCAUAUUUUCAUUAUUAAUUUAAUCUACAGAUCAGAAAGUAGUGCUGAGUGAUCAGGGAAAUUUCCUUCAGCUCAGGGAGAUGAUAGUCCAAAAGACAAAAGCAUUUCAUAUAGUAUAAGGUAAUACAGUACAGGACAUGGUGUAUGAAAACAGCAGAUAAAUGAUCAAGAAUUCUCCAUGCUGCAUUCAGCAGCACUUUCUCUUUAGUUUCCACUUGAACAUCAGCUUUACAGAUGCCAUGUUUGCUCUUCACGUGGUAAUGAUGUUUACUAUGACA